AUGGGUGAUGCUCUCAUGUCAAACAUUCUCAAUUCGCUAAAAACUGGCCAAGAUCUUCCGCCUGAAAUAGUUAAUUAUAUGUACGAGCAUGGAGCAUUCUUGCUUUUUCUCGACUUUCCUGAAGGAUCAGAAUUUGGAAUAGACUAUAAAUCAUGGAAAACCGGGGAGAAGUUCAGAGGAUUGAAAAUGAUACCUCCUGGAGUUCAUUUCGUCUAUUGUAGUAUUCAAAGCGCACCGAGAAUAGGGUUUUUCCACACAUUCAAAUCUGGCGAAAUACUCGUAAAGAAAUGGAACAAGAAAAAUGAAGACUUUGAAGAUCAGCUGAUGACGGAUGAGAAUAUUCGUGAAAAAAAGAAUCAACUAAAAAACAUGGAUUCAUCUUUAGCUCCGUAUCCAUACGAAAACUACCGUUCUUGGUACGCACUCACUGAUUUUGUAACAGAACAAACUGUUGAAAGAGUGAAACCACUGAAAGGAAGAAUAACUGCACAGGCAGAACUAGUGAGUUUGGAAACGUCUUUUAUGGAAAAUUCAAAGGACAAUGAAGAAAUGUCAUGUAACCCGAGAGUAGAUCGAGAGCAUCCAGUAAGAACAAGGUUUGUGGAUCAAAACGGACUACCUAUUAUGAAAAUCAGGGAAGGCUACGAAAUUCGUUUUCAAGAAAUUCCACAACUUCGAGUUGAUGUUAAUCGAAUUGGAAUUGAGCAUUCUGACCGCUUACAACGACUUAUUCGAGCAUUUAAUGGUGAUUGGAAGCAGAUUCUCGCUGAAAUGCAAAUCGCCUUUGUCUGUUUCUUGAUGGGCCAGGUAUUUGAAGGGUUUGAGCAAUGGAAACGAAUAAUUCAUCUCCUUUGUUGCUGUCCAAAUUCAUUUGGAAAAUAUGACGAGCUAUUCCUAUCCUAUGUUAGGGUUUUAUUUUUCCAACUAAAAGAGUGCCCAACUGACUUUUUUGUUGACAUUGUUUCAAAGGACAAUUUUCUUACAACUACAUUAUCCAUGCUUUUUGCCAACAUUCGAGAUUCUGUUCACGCUAGUGAAAACUUGAAGAAGAAAUCGCAACAAUUCAAAGCAUAUUUGACAAAACAGUUCAAAUGGGAUUUCGAAUGCGAAUGA